AUGCCUUCUUUUGAGCUCGGCGAGUCGAUUCCGCCGGACACGGCUCACGCCGUGAGCGUGUCCUUGCCUACAUGGAAGUCAAACAUUGGCUAUGAGGAAGGGGAGGAAUGGGUCCUCGGGCGCAUGGUGACCGGUUACCCCAGGUUCUACAUCCACAAGAGCAUAGCUGCCUUGGCCCAGGAAAUUGCUACCAGUGAUGUCGACCUCACCACCACACCGCUCCCGGCACUGGAGUCCAGCACCCGGGGCAUUGCCAACCUUUCCGAGGGUGACAUCUACCUCUAUCCAUGUGGUAUGAAUGCCAUCUUUAACGCCCACGCCACACUCCUCGGCGUCCGUGGGUCGAUGAAAAGCAUCAACUUUGGUUUCCCUUAUGUCGACACCUUGAAGAUUUUGCAGAAAUUUGGCCCCGGCUGUCUUUUCUAUGGUCACGCAUCAAAUGAGGAGCUCGACGACCUGGAGAAACGACUACAGAACGGCGAGAAAUUUCUGGGUCUCUUCUGCGAAUUUCCUGGGAAUCCACUGCUAACCUGUCCCGACCUUGUCCGGAUUCGCCAGCUUGCUGACCAGUAUGAUUUUGCUGUCGUGGUGGACGAGACCAUCGGUACAUUUGCCAACAUCAACGUACUCCAUUUUGCGGAUGUGGUCGUCAGCAGCCUCACCAAAAUCUUCUCUGGGGACUGUAAUGUUAUGGGCGGUAGCCUCGUGCUGAAUCCACACAGUCGGUAUUACGCCGAGAUGAAAGCUCUUAUCCAGAGGGAGUUUGUGGAUACUUACUGGGCCGAGGACGUCAUCUUCAUGGAGAGGAAUAGCCGGGACUUUGCAGGCCGCAUCGAGCGAGUUAACGCGAAUGCCGAAGCCAUUUCCGAGAUAUUGCUCGCGCACCCUGCAGUGCAGAAAGUGUACUACCCAAAACAUAACGAGUCGAAGCGAAGCUAUGAUGUUUGCAAACUGCCACAGGGGGGCUAUGGUGGUCUCCUCUCGGUUGUCUUUCAUCGAAAAGCUCAGGCCAUGGCUUUCUACGACGCCAUCGAGACGGCCAAGGGUCCUAGUCUCGGCACAAAUUUUACUUUGACUUCCCCGUAUGUGGUACUCGCACACUACCAGGAGCUCGAUUGGGCGGCUGGAAUGGGAGUGAGCCCUGAUUUGCUUCGGAUCAGUGUUGGUCUUGAGGAGACGGAUCAGCUUAUAUCUGUCUUCAAAUCAGCAUUGCACGCCGCAGAGGAGUGUGCACAAGACUAG